AUGACGGUCGGUGUGCUGGGCAGGCGGGUGAACGUUGUGGUUGCUGCGAGGGCGUACGCGGCGGGGGAGAGCGGCGGGGCCGUGAAGAAGGCGGAGGCCGUGAAGGAGACGGAGAAGAAGCUCGUGAAGACUACGCCGGUACCCGUGUCCCGGGCUAAGCCUAGCCUGCUUGUACGCAUCCGCAACGAGCUGAAACACUACGCCCAUGGGACUCGACUGCUUGGCUACGAGGUCAAAGUGUCCACUGGGCUUCUUGCAAAGUUUAUCCGUGGUAGCGAGUUGUCCCGUAGGGAGACGAACCAGCUGCGCCGCACAAUGGGCGACGUACUGCGACUGAUCCCCUUCUCAGCGUUCCUUAUUGUGCCCUUCGCGGAACUGCUUCUCCCAGUGGCACUGAAGCUGUUCCCCAACUUGCUUCCCUCCACGUAUGAGUCAGGGUCUCAAAGGCAGAAGAAAGUGACAAGGCUCAUUGAGAUCAGGAAGAAAACCUCUGCGCUGCUGCACCAGACUUUGGGGAAACAAACGGAACCCCUGAUCAACUACGACGCAGCGUUACAGACUCACGAGAACAAAUUGGCAUUCUCACAGUUCUUCUACAGGUUACACCAGGCUAAAAGAGUCCCCUCGCAGACAACUUACUUCUCCUACGGGGAGAUCAACUCUGUGGCAAAGAUGUUCAAGAACGAUUCCGUCCUGGAUAACUUAUCCAGAACACAACUGACUGCGAUGUCCAAAUUCAUGUCCGUGACACCGUUUGGCACAGAUAACAUGCUCAGAUAUCAUAUCCGUCACAAACUCAAGAAGAUCAUACAGGAUGACAAGACUAUUGACUACGAGGGGGUUGACCACCUCACAAAGGACGAACUGUACACCGCUUGUGUGUCUCGUGGGGUCAAAGCGUACGGUGUCGACCAAGAUGUCCUCAGAGAUCACCUCAGAGCAUGGUUGCAACUACGUCUCCGUAUGCGUGUCCCCUCAGUACUUAUGGUCCUCAGUUCAACGUUCACCUUUGGUAGGAGCACGGGGCAGGGCCAAGAGGCUCAAUUGCCAUACCCGCUUCACAACGUUCGUGCGUCAGACCCAGAAGUCCACGAGAAAGAAAUGACCCGGUACGAUAGGAUCCUCGACACGUACUACGACGGGAUCCUACAGGUGCUAGGGUCCAUCCCAGACCCGGUCUACAACGUCGCAAAACUGGACCUCUCGGAGACCAUGGGAGGGGACCAAGAACCGGCCACCGCUGGGGACGAAACGGAGGAUGGGGAACAAACCCCGAAGAAGGACGACAGCGAGUUCAAACUCAAUGUCCUCAAGGAACAGCAGGAACUCAUUAGGCGGGAGCAAGAGGAGGCUACGGCGCGCAAGUCGCAGGAGGAUUCGAACACAGACACGACAACGCUCGACGAGGACGACGCAACGAAACAGCAGCCACCAGUUCCCCUCGCUCAGGCAGCAAAGACUGCGGUCGACAAGAGACACUGA